AGGCUGAAGGACAGUGAAAGCAGGCUGAAUAGCAGUGGAACCAGGCUGAAGGACAGUGAAAGCAGGCUGAGGAACAGUGAAAACCAGCUUCUAGAAGUGAGGAACAAAGAAAGAACCAAGGUGAUAUUCAGUGCAGCAACAGGAGAAGGAGGUCAAGACAUUGGACCGUUCAACACAGACAAAACUUUAAUCUACAGAAGAGUGAUAACAAACAUCGGUUAUGCCUACAGUCCACACACAGGUAUCUUUGUUGCCCCUGUUGCAGGUGUCUAUUACUUUACCAUCUUUUACCAUGCUGGAGGACAUGAACAGGCAAAGUUGAGGCUCUACAAGAACAGCCAACUCAUGAUUAUGACCCAUGAUCACCAAACAGAAGCUGACAGAGCUGAUAAUGGAGGAAACGCAGCAUUCCUGCAGCUGCAGCCAGGAGACCAGGUGUAUGUGGUCUUGGCUGCAAACUCACAUGUUUGGGGAACCAACUACCACACAACCUUCAGUGGAUUCUUGGUCACUCAAAUGUGAAAACUGAUGUAUAUCUCUGUAUCUAUGUAUAUCUCUGUAUCGCUGUUCAUUCCUGCUUGAAGAUCGAUGUAAAGAUCUGAGAUCACUAAAAAAAUACAUCCGAGAUCUGAUGACACAGGAGGCUGUUGCUCAAUCAUAAAAUAAAGAGUCUAAAAGUGUUUUGGGUUUUUUUUUGCCUCAUUUAGUUCUUUAUGCUGAAUUUAUUCUAAAUAAUGAAUUUAUUUGGAAAAAUGAAUUAAAAGAAGAUAUAGCUGGUCCCUGUAUAUUGUCUGGUUGUAUGUUUCUACAGAGAAAAAGAGACACAAAGAUUAAUGCAAACACUCAGGUUGAUGAGGACAGGAGCACUUUAAUUGCUAUGCUUUUAUGGCUGAAUAAUAAAGAUGAGCUUUUUACUUUCAGCACUGGUCAGGAAAAUGAUUUGUAUGAAUUUGGUGAUACUUUAUUUUACUCUUUUCAUAUGUUUCUUUACAUCGCCUUGUGUUUCUGUCAUAUCUUGUCCUUCCUUUUUUUUGUCUUUAAUAAAGAACUUUGAAUUG